GUGCCUGCCAUUUCAAAAACGAAAUACUCUGGGCCGAUUUAAUUCUUAACGCAUGCUUUGAAGUGUAUACAAUGGGUAAAAAAUGUUACAUACUGUUACGCACUACUUGUGUUUGAAUGUGUUUAAGUUGUAUGAUUAGUGUAUUGUAACCGGCGUGUGUGCAUUCAGGAAGUUUUAAACGUGUCGACUGUAGUAUUGCAAAGUUGUGCUGCUUUUACGAACGUGGAGUAACAUGUGUGUACUACACUUCACUUGUUUGGGAAGUUUUAAAUUAAUGAUUAAAAGAUAUAUACCUAACCACCAACCAUCCGCUGACGUCACCGCUGGCCCGAUGGUUAAAUGCGUCUCGAUGACCAAGAAUAAUCUGAACUCGGACGCUUGCACACUCCUGGCGCUCUUGCGGAGGGACGAAGACAGCCUAAAUGACGCCGGGAGGCAGCUGGUGAAGCAGAACCGGAAGUACGCUUGCGACGUGUUCAUGCACGAAGUGGACGGCUGGACGCCUUUUCACGCUUUUGUCCUUCGAGGCGCUCGCAAAAUGGUAAAACUUUGUCUCAAGGCGGGCGUCGACGUAAAUUUGACUAUGGGAUCACCAGACGGCGUACCAGGCGGAUGUUCAGCGCUUCACCUGGCCGCCCACCGUGGUGACGUCAGUAUUAUCGAUGUGUUAAUCUCAAACGGGGUGGAUUUAAAUGUGAGGGAUAAAAAUGGUAAGACUCCGGUGAUGUAUGCUUCCUUGGCUAACAAUAGUCUCGCAGUACGGAAAUUGCAGCGCGCAGGCGCGGAUAUGACUGGAUGUGAACUGAACAGCAAACAUAGUCCAGAGGAUAUGACGUCAUCGCCGAUAAAGUGCAUUUUACCCUUCGUAUGCUCAGGGGGACGACGGUAGCAUAACGUGAUACCUCAACCUUGUGUUUCAAUCAUCAUCAUUUUCAUCCUUAUCAUCAUUAUCAGCAGCAGCAGCAGCAGUAACAGCAUUAUUAUCGGUUCGAAGAAGACACAAACAUUGUUUUCAAUUUUCAUUUAUUAAGUUUGUUUUGUAACUUACACAGAGCCAUUUCUAAUUAAUAAAUGCAUUUUAUAUUUUACGUACGUCUGUCAAUACAUGCAUGACAAAUUCUUAAAAGAGUAAAAAGUUAUGAUCCUAAUAUUGCUUCAUUGAAAUUGAUAGGUGUUGAAAUGAAUAUUUAAUGCUGAUUUGAAAAAGAUAUAUACAUUUCUCCUUUUCUCAGAAUGUUAUUUGUAAUGGGUACAGAUAUUUAAAAAAUCAGAAAAUGUGGAAAAUGUAUUUAUUAAAUUUGACAUCUGGAAAAUGCGUGUGUGGAAAUAUGCUUGAACGUAUUUUUGUUUUUAUUUUUAUGUAUAAAUUCAUUAAUCAUACAUAUUUAAAAAAAUUCACACUCAAAUGCAGGCUGUUCAUACCUUAAGCCAAGUUACUUUUUAAAAAAGAAAAACGCGGUGGUACGGGGAAUGUAACAAAGAUUUUUUAUAUCUCUAAUAAAUGCCGGUCAAUAUGUGCGGAUAUAUACGUUACGUGUUUUAAUGGUAUUUUUUAAAAAUAGUAUUGAAUCUUGUCAGGCGACUUUUACAGAUACAUUUUAUCCAUGUCAGUACUCUAUUCCACAGGAGGGAAGCCCAUAGUAUUAUUUUUUUGUUUGU